AUGGUGCACCCAAUAGCGGAGGCUAACGAGGAAAGCCCCUUCGGGACGCUAACGCCAGACGACUUCUACGCCCGUCACUCAGUGAGUCACGGUUCGGAGUUCAUCACCAACCCUAGGGGUCUCAAGCUCUUCACACAGUGGUGGACCCCACUCCCUUCCACCACUGUCAUCGGAACCCUUGCCGUCGUCCACGGAUUUACCGGCGAAUCCAGCUGGCUCAUCCAGCUCACCGCCGUCCACUUCGCAAAGGCCGGCUUCGCCACCUGCGCCAUCGACCACCAGGGCCACGGCUUCUCCGACGGCCUCAUCGCUCACAUCCCCGACAUUAACCCUGUCGUUGAUGACUGCAUCUCCUUCUUCGAGAGCUUCCGUUCUCGCUUCGAUCCCUCGCUCCCUUCGUUCCUCUACUCCGAAUCCCUCGGCGGUGCCAUCGCGCUAUUAAUCACGCUCCGACGCCGCGAAAUGACGUGGAACGGCGUUAUCCUCAACGGUGCCAUGUGCGGGAUCAGCGCCAAGUUCAAGCCGCCGUGGCCACUCGAGCACUUCCUCUCCCUCGCAGCCGCGGUUAUCCCAACGUGGCGCGUGGUCCCCACGCGCGGCUCCAUCCCCGAUGUCUCGUUCAAGGUGGAGUGGAAGCGGAAGCUCGCGCUGGCGAGUCCGCGGAGGACGGUGGCUCGUCCGCGUGCCGCCACAGCGCAAGAGUUGAUGCGGAUCUGCCGCGAGCUGCAGGAAAGGUACGAGGAGGUGGAAGUGCCGUUCCUAGUGGCGCACGGCGGCGAAGACGUGGUGUGCGACCCCGCGUGCGUGGAGGAGCUGUACGCCCGCGCCACGAGUAAGGAUAAGACGCUGAAGAUAUAUCCGGGAAUGUGGCACCAGAUGGUUGGGGAACCUGAAGAGAACGUGGAGUUGGUGUUUGGGGAUAUGUUGGAGUGGCUUCGAACACGCGCUCUACGCGCCACCGCUUAA